CCCAUCUAUUUAUAUAACUGCUAUUUGUUAAACAUAGCAAAUUUGGUUAACUCCCCUUCUUCCUCUCCUCCUUUAAUUUCCUUUAUCCAUCUUCUUAUGGUUUAGGACGUUAUUGAUCUGAUUCCACUUUCCAUUUGCCUCAUAUUCAGAUUUUUUUUUUCUUUCCUUUGUUUACAUUCUAGGGUUUUAACCUUAUUUUUCUUGUGUAAAUUCAGAUUUGUUUUCUUUUGUAGAAAUUAAUUUCCGCUUGAGAUUAAACUUCUUUUUUUUUUAUUAGAUAAUAGAGAAAUUCUCUUCAAAUGGCACAACUCCCUCCUAAAAUCCCUAACAUGACACCACAUUGGCCUGAUUUUUCUUCCCAAAAGCUCUCCACAACCGCUUCAACCACCGUACAAAACCCUUCAUGGGUAGACGAGUUCCUCGACUUUUCAGCCUGUCGCCGUGGAAACCACCGUCGUUCCAUAAGCGAUUCAAGCGCUUUCCUUGAAGCUCCAUUCGUCAGCAGAGGCCACACCAGCAUCGAAAACAACCACUUCGAUAGGUUCGACGAUGAGCAAUUCAUGUCCAUGUUCAAGGACUACGACGACUUACAUAACAACAACAAUAAUCCUUCUCAUGACAACAACAACAACAACAACAAUGUGGGGCCCACUGGCUCUUCAUCGAAUACAUCGACGUUGUCUGAUCAUAACAGCUUUAACGGCGACAAAGAACCACCGUCGGAACAUAAUACGAAACAUAACGACGAGGUCCACAGCCAAUGCAAGACGGAGCCUGAGGACGGUGCGGCUUCUAAUAACAACUCAGGCGAUAGCUCCGUUAACAGGAUUAUCGAUCCCAAAAGGGUUAAGAGAAUAUUAGCAAAUCGGCAAUCAGCACAGAGAUCAAGGGCGGAAGUGUCAGUGUUAUCGCCAAGAGUUGCGUUCUUGGACCACCAGCGUUUGAUUCUCAACGUCGACAAUAGCGCUCUCAAGCAACGAAUCGCUGCCUUAGCCCAAGACAAAAUUUUCAAAGACGCACAUCAAGAAGCAAUGAAGAGGGAAAUAGAGAGACUUCAACAAGUGUAUCAACAACAAAGCCUCAAAAAAAUGGAGAAUGCAAAUUAUUCACCAGCAACAGGAACCAGAGAUAAUGAGGCCGUCGACAUCAGGCCGUCUAUUGAAAAAGAAGAGCUCCUCAAUGUAUGA